CAUAUCGCUACAUGUACGCCUAUUUAUUUUACAUCCUUAGGGCUCGUAUACCUGGAUAUGCACACUUCGUCUCGGCAUGGAAGGCUUGCAGUUCAUGGACCUUCCGACAGAUAUACACCAGCUCCUCAUGACGUAUCUGCAACUGUCGGAUCUUCGUGAGCUUGCAUGCACCUGUAAACAUUUCAGUCAGGCCUCUAAGGCGACACACGUGUACACAGAAGUCCUUAGAAAUGAAUUGCGGGCAGGAGAAUUAGGUAGCACGCAUCACAUCCCCAAGGGUACCUUGGAGAGAGUGUUACAUAGAGCCUGGUCCUGGGAGAAAGUGGUUAAUGCUCCUGUGCUGGACUUGGUCUUGAAUGCUAAUAAGCGCUCAUGGGCCGAGGAUGCAUUCGUAUAUGCAUGUGGGAGGGGUUGUGUCGAUUUUGUAAAGUUACUACUUUCACGUCGGUUCAAAAUACGCCCAGACUCUCUGGAGAAUGGGGGUAUCGAGCGUGCAUGUAAGAACGGACACGUGCAAAUAGCCUUACUAUUAUUAAACUGGCACAAUACACGUACAGAGGACUCUAGGAAUCAUCUAGAUGAAUACGAUUCCUGUGAUAAUUUCGAGAGCAACAGGAUAGGUCUUAAUCACGUUGCUAAUGAACACGAGUCUCACAUGGGGGUACAAAAAAGUGCCAUAGAUGUCAAUCCAUCCGUGAAUAACGAUCGUAGCUUCAGGUUGGCAUGCAGGAACAAUCAAGUAGCCGUGGUAAAUAUUCUUCUGGCGGACAAGAGAGUCGAUCCGAGCGCUAAGAGUAGUGAAGGGAUUCGAGUGGCGUGUAAGAGAGGGUAUGCGGAACUGCUGGAGGUUUUGUUACUGGAUGGCCGGUCUGACCCUGGUGUGAGUAAUAACCUGCCCCUGAGACUGGCUGUGAAGUCUCUCUCGCUCAGAGCGGUAGCUAUGCUGGUGGACGAUAGACGGGUGGAUCCCAGCGUCAAUGAACACGAGCCCUUGAAGUACGCCACCAGACACGCGAGAAAUGAUAUUGCAAUCUUACUGAGGAAAGGAGAGAGACAGCGAGAGUCAGCAAGUACGUGGUCGGGUAAUCGGAAUCCGAUGCUCACGCCGUUGGACACGGACUAGUAUUCGAGACGAUAAAUAAAAUACGACAUUAUAUUGAAAU